CGUCUCUGUGUGUUCGAUGAGUAGUGCCAUGGUGCUGUGUCGAACUCCUGCUGAUGCUACAAAUGGAUUGAGGGAGGUUCACCACUGACGUCCAUUUUCUGUGCCUAGUUAUUCCGGCCAUCCGUGAGCGAGCAGUAGAUCGAUGCACCACCGGGACCUGGUGAGCGAAGAACGUAAGCGACCGACAGGCUGAGUGAACAGCUAUCCAUUUCCUUUGCAUGAUCAGUUAAGUUGUCUUGCGUCUGCUUCGCGUGUUGGUCUCUCUGUACAAAAGAACGACCAAAAGCACUACAAUCAAAAAACGUGUUGCGCGAUCAUCUCCAAUGCCGCUCUUUUCACCAUCGUCCACGGUUCCAGCGUCACGACGCACCCCGCCACUUGUCCUCCACUUCGCCGUUUCAUUUUUCACGACCGCUUUUAUUCCGCGAACCGUCUACAGUCGCGCGACCGCUACUUCUUCCCGGAGCGGCGGCGCUGCUACCGCUCUCAACAGUCACAACUUUCCGCUGGAGGUGGGUGUCGACAAUGCGCCAACAAGACCAACUUCAAGUGCCUAUGAAGAUGCAACCACCGCAGCAGUGGAUAGCAGCAAUUUUGAGAGUAGCCAGAACAGUCUGCAGCCCGGGGACCUGUUCGAUAACAUCAUUCCCCCGGAAGAGGAUAGAGGAGUGCAACAGAACAGGCCUUCCACAGCCAAUGCUGGGAGACAAGAUGAGGAAAUAAACCGCCCAGAAGUUCUUGCCGCUAGGGACGAGUUUGUGCAAAGGAGACAGUCUUUCCCUGACGUCGCGACACCGGGAGCUGCAACCGGUGGCGCUCCUUCGUCAACUUCUUCUGACAGAUUAGGCGGAGCACCGGCUGCACGAUCAUUGCAGGAGUUGCAGGAUGAAGAGGUGGUGCACAAUGGGCGAAAAGAAUUGGAAGACAGCUCGCCGAGAGCCAGUCUGGUCCAGAAAAGCCAGUCGAGCAGGUACUUCAGCGUCAGCGAAGAGCGGACUAAUAAUGAAGCGCAGCGGAAUGGUGAAAAGCUUCUCCAAGAGCAGCAGCAGCAGUUGUUACAGCAAGAGCAGAUGAAGAUGCAGUACAACCAGGGUCAGGCCCCCGCCGGUGGUUCAGCGCCGGGCGCCACUUUCAACCCCCUACCCCCGGGCCCGCUUGCCGAAGACCCGGACACGGCGAUUACGAAGUUUGUCAUCGCGUCGAGCGCGAGCGGGGGCCAGAUUGUGUACAUCAAACUCGGAUCCCACAACCCCCAGCUGCCCCCCAAGCCGCUGAUCGAAUCUGCACUGCAAAAACCGGUGGCAAUUGCGGUGGACAAUCCGAAUCAGUUGCUCUACGUAGCUACGAGUUGCAAAGAUAUCCCACUAACGUAAAUCUGAAUGUUGGCAUUUACAAUUUUUUUUCGAGUAGACAGAGACAACUCUGUGAUGCUAAUUUACCGAAGGCGCGACGUCUUUGUCAUGCGUUACUGGAAGUCAAUUACUACGAGUGCGAUACUUUUGCAAAGGAUAGUCGCAGACGAAAACGCGAUGAAAGUGUUGCGCUACCAGCUGAAGAUCCAGGAGAACGGAGAGAAGUUAUCCGCUAUCAAAUGUAAAAAUGUCUGGGUCUGGAAGGUUGGAACUUGUCAUGGUAAAUCUCAAUCAUGCAAAAAUCUGUGUUGCAUGAGUGCCAAAAGCUGCCCACUUUUGACCAAGUUGGAAGGGAGUUUCUCAUGCAGGAUAGGCAUGGCAGAGACCUCACAGAGUCUGUCAUGCCGAGUCCCGCAUUCCAGACCUCAAGGGUCAUGGAAAAUCUGCAUGACAAAUCUGGCAUCCUUCCAGACCCAGACAUUUUUACAGUUGAUAUCCGCGGUGGCGAAGGGCACGGUGGCGCUGAACUUUGCCGCCACGGGGGUCAGUGUGGACUCGUUUGGGAACGUGUACUUCGUCGAUGGAGCGACCGGUAGUUGUUACUUUGUGAUGCGUAAUAUUAUGGUCGUGUGCAUGCACUGAUUAUGGUUAUUCCAAUGUGUAAGUGUAACCACGAGAUCGACGCUCAACCUUUUUCAGGCCGUAUCUACCGGGCCGACCCAGAGCACACGACAAACCCGGUCCUCCUCUACGACGCGACGCGGCUUCCGGAGCUCAGCGGGCCGAGUCACAUUUACGUGGACAAUUUUCAUGUUUACUGGGCAAAUGGCAGCCUCGGAACGAGCUCAGGUACAGUUUUUUGUAUUGUGCUGGAAAGCUACGGAUUAGAUAUAGAUACUUCCACUCUACCGAGGAAGAGGAAGCCGCCGUGCUCUGUGAUUCACAGAAGGCGCCUUUCCAAAAAUAUGGUAGACAAGUUUUACAACUUCUUGAACUUGAAAUAAUCUCGAGCAACUUUUAAUCCAGGUACCAUUGUUCGCGCUCCGCUGAAGCGGCCGCAGUUCAAGGAGGAUGGUAGCAAACCCCCGGGGUUGAAAGUCUUGACCAAAAACGCGGAAUCCGCAAAUUCCGUGUGUGCGGCGGGCGACACGGUGUUUUACACCUCGACCAACAACUUUUUCCGCGCCAGCAAAAUGUCCACGGAGACCUCGCCCGUGACCACCGUGGACAAAACCCUGGACGCCGUGAGCGGGCAGUGUGCGUGGGAGAAAACCGGGUCGGUAAUCGUGAUCGACCAGAACUCAGUGUUCCGCUAUGCCGGGGCACUGUCAGACAAGUACCCGGCCAACUCUGCUGCGGCGCUGGCGGGCUCGGUGCCGAAAGCCAGGUCGCUUCUGUUCCACCUCACCGGGGGCUCGGGGGUGGCGGUAUUUGUCGAUCCCGGGUCCGUUGGAAAGAUUCAGCACCGGAGCGUCGUCGGCGACUUUUUUUCCACGCUUUUAGCGUUUGUAUUGGGCGCAGGGGUAGUAGGAAUGAUUGCUGCGGUGUGA